GUGUGUAGCUCAUUAAGCGUCCGACUUGUUAUUCUCCCGCUAUAUCGCAGCGGCUUUAAAAAUGACGCUUGGUACUGAAAAGGGUUAUUUUCUUGCCAUUUUCCUGGUAUUUUGUGCUUUUAUUGUCGCCUCCGUAGCUGAUGGGAUUCCGGAGGAAUGCCCCUUUACGUCACUAUCCUGUGGUUUCUCUGUCUUGGACAAUGGUGACACCAUCCAACUGGUUCAGAAGAGAGUAUCCGAUGAAGACAUUCGGUUGCCACCUGAGUUCGAUCGGGUUCUCACUCACAAACUGAUUUGUAAACAGCCAGAUUGCCUGUCAUCACCUUGUCUGAAUGGAGGUAGCUGUGUGGAGACACUUGAUGGAUUUGAGUGCAGCUGCCGGUCGGGAUAUUAUGGACCGGUUUGUGCCUGGACUUGUCCAGAUUCUUGGAUCUAUUUUCGAGGGAGCUGUUACGGCUACUUCUCUGAGGAGGCUAUAUUCGAGACGGCCCUAUCGAAUUGUCGUGGCGUCAAAAUAUCCGGAAGACGAGCAAACAUACUGUCCAUUCACAGCCGGGAAGAAUUGAAUUUUAUUUGGAACAUGGAAGGGAUAAACCCUUCCGUGUGGUUAGGACGCCGUCAACCGGGCGGAGGAUCAUUCGUAACGUGGACGGAUGGCUCACCAGUGGACUUCACCAAUUGGGCUCCAGGCCAACCCGAUACUGACAAACAAUGUGUCGGCAUGGACAUGGAUGACGGCAAAUGGCUUACUAGGAUGUGCCGUGCCUAUGCGAGAAGUUAUUUCUGCAAGAUCGAUAUCACCCUGUAAUCGAUUAAUGACAUAUUUUGACAUAGUCAAAUCAAAUCAGUUCGACGUAAAAUGUUAUAAUGAGCGAUAUUUACUUAAUAUGUAUUCUUACGAAUACUUCUUUUUUAUCAAGUCAAAUGAAUGAUUAAACAACUAUCUAUAUUUUAUGUUACUCGAAAAAAAAACCGUGUUAUAUAUUAACCAAAACAAGUUGAUGUAGAAGAAAUUCUCUGAGAGCUUCAAAGAAUAAGGAAAAAACAAGGUUUGAAGUUUGGGCACACUGAAACAUAACUUUCAGUCAAACUUACAAGCAGUAAAAAAUUGCGCAAAGAAAACUCUGGAUCUUAUCUUUUAUUUAACAUUCCAACCUCGCAUUUUGACAGUAUGAAGAAGAAGAAUUGCUCUUUCAGAUAAACUAAAUUUGCAUUUAUUUACGUUUGAAGACGAAGUUAUUACCGAGAACUUUCUUUGGCGACUUAAUUAUCGUUGGUUUUAGGGUGACUGGUCACAUAGAACAAGUAGUAGUAGCUUUAGCGCAUAGUCCCUAGUUUUCCGCUUUCUAAAAUGCAAAUUCAGUGUCCUUCGGCUUUCUUGACAUCAAAUAUUCCAUGUUCUUCGAUUUCUAACAAUCAUAUCCCGUGUUCUCCUGCGUUCCAACGCUAGUAUUGUUCUUAUGGGCAGCAUUAAUGAGACAUUUUUUUCGCAAUCGCGGCAGACGCUUUCUAUAACACAGGGUAUCUUUUGUCAAAAGCCCUUCAUAACAAAGCAGUCUUUGUCGAAAAUCGGUGAAUCAAAACAGCAGUGUUGUCCUAGAGACCGUUUCAUGAAAGUUGUCAGCAAUGACAAGUUGUCUUUCUCCGACAGUUACCAUAGUAACAGUCUUAGGCCAGUGCCACUCAGCCAAUCAAAACCAAAUAUUUUAUUGAAAUUGUCAGCACUGACAAUUUAGUCAGUGCUUACAGCUGUCAUUAAAUGCCUACCUGGGGGCCGUUUCAAAAGGCUGUUCCUAAGUUAAGAGUGAUUUUGAGAACGCCUGCAUGGUGAACCUUUCGUACGCGUGCAACCAUCGCCAAUGAACAUUUUGGUCUAUACCACUUACCACAAGAAAGGAUCACAGGUAGUUCUUAAAGUCACUCUAAACUUACGAACAGCUUUAUGAAACGAUCUCCUGGAAAAACGACAAGGGCCUAUUUGAAUUGUUUUCGUCCGGUCCGAAUCUAAGACGAUGUGCUGUUGCGGUUCAUCAAUUCUUCGACAAUGACUUCUAAUCUGUCCAUUGUGACUUGAGGGGCUUUUUCAAUAGAUUUAACGUUCCAGAAAGCGUCCGCGAAGUGGAUGCGAGAAUACGCUAUUACUUGUAAUCCGCCGAAAUAAUGCAAACAUAAUUUUUGUAAGCAAUUAUUACAAUUAAAUAAAGUUGCAAAUAUAUAUAUGUAGUGAAAAUCAUUGUCAUUAUCAAUAAAAUUUAAUAUAACUUAAUUGAACAAACAGAUUCAGGUACGCAUGAUGAAGAUUUGCAGUGGUAAUUACACAUUUAAAGUGACACGCAAUGAACGGAGGAUAGAAAAAAGGGAAAGAUGGCGAAGAGAGAGAGAAAGAAUAAAGACUAGGGAGAAAGAGAGUGAAAAGAAGAAGAGAAAAGAGACUUCAAGAAAGAUGAGUUGUUUGAAGGUUGUUUCUGCCCUUUAGCGCUAUUUAGAGUUUUAACAUGCAUCAAUUAUUUUCAAACAACUUAAUAAUUUAUUGAAACUCAAUAUUUCAGGAAUAUGCAAAUAAAUACCUGUCCGUUCUU